AUGCCAGGAGAGGAUGAACCAUUGCAUGCGUAUAUAACUGCUCCAACAGCCGAGGCUGUCCAGAAAGCAGUCCGAAAAAUCAAAGAAAUUAUCCGUCAGGGUAUCGAAGUUCCAGAGAGUCAAAAUGAUCUGCGCAAGCAACAGCUCAGAGAGCUUGCUCUUCUUAAUGGCACUCUUCGCGAGCACGAGGGGCUAAUGAAGCUCCGAGCGAUGGCAGAAGCCCAAAAUAUCGCGACAAACAAAAUCCAGUGCACUAUUUGCGGAGGUUUCGGACACAUAGCGUCAGAUUGCAGAUUUGAUCCUACUACACAACCAGAAAUCAUGAAUUCGAAUCCUUUGGAACGUGCAAAGAUGGAUAGUGAAUAUUCUGCCCUCAUGGCAGAACUUGGUGUAGGAGGGGCUCGACCUCUUCCUCCCACAGUCGCCGCUGGAGCACGCCCUGGUUCUUCUCGCUAUCAGGCUCUAAAGCAACCUCCUCCACCGGGAGUCCCUCCGCCAGAGGACGAUGAUGAGAUGGUGCUAGUAUCUGUUUCGACAGUUACCUCUUCUAGUGACACAAAUCCUGUUGACGCAUACGCCUAUUCCAUCCCUCCGCCUCCACCACCGCCUAACAUGCCUCCACCACUUCCGGGCCCUGCGCCAACCACCCAAUGGCCUCCCGCCUAUCCGCCACCCGUACAAUAUCCUGCGCUUCCACCUCCCCCUCCCCCUCCUGCAGUGUCGUAUGUAGCUCCUCCACCUCCGCCUCCAGCUCAGGCGCAAUGGUGUCAGUCAGUAGCCCAAGCACCUUGUUGGCCGGUUCCUGUGGUUUCAGCGCCGCAUGUUGCCGCAGGUUAUGCGGACUAUUGGACAGGAUAUGGUACUAUGCCUCCUCCCCCCGGCGUAUGA